CCCAAGAAAUAGGCAAAGCAAUUCCUUCUCCAGUCAAAGGAGGAAGUGAGUUGAUAACCUUUACUGCUCAAAAGAACGAGAAGUUUGGUUUAAAACCGGUGGUGGCCAUUGUUGUUCAUAAUGCUAUAGAAAGCAACCGCUACAUCAAAGAUAAUAUAGAUAUCUUUCGGGAGUUCUUUACUAAUGAUACCGACCAAAGUGAUCCAAAAUAUUUUCGUGGUUUCCGCCCCGGCGACAUUAACAAAUUACCUAACGGAAAGUUCGUUAGCACUAACCAUAUGAAGGAUAUCAAAA